AUGACGAGCAACCACGAGCCUGUGAAGGAUGUCCUCAUCCAGAUGGAUGUGCAUGCCAUUCUGGUGGAACAUCUGGGACUCAGGGACGAUGACUUGAUUUACUACACGCUGAUGCUCACCAAGAACCUCUCAAGGACCACCGCGCAGCGCAUGGCCCUGAAGAAGUGUGGCGGUGUUUCAGAGCUGGUGACCCUGCUGCGGAUGCUGGUGACGAUGCCACAGAAGCAUCAGCUCAUCGCAGAGCUGGCUAGCAACAUUGGACAGCUCUGCAAUGAGGAG